AUGGAACGCGAGAAGGUCAAAAAGAGGCAUUUCGCUUCGUACAUGUUGCGGAAACUACAAAACGCAGAGGGCCUAUUCAUCCUCGCAACAGUUCACCUGAUCAAUGAAACAGUUAUACUGAGAGGAGCUAAAUAUGCGGCAAAUACUGUGCUGAGGUUCAGCGCUUCGUUCCAGGCCAACAUCAUUGGAUGUCCUCUUUGUGGAAGUGUUGGCAAGCACUUCUGCAUUUUCCUCUUUGUGGAAGUGUUAGCAAGCACUUUUGCAUUUUCUGUACAAGCCGAAAGCUAUGGACAAAAAAUCAGUUAUUCAUCUAAAGAGUCAUUUUGUGACAAGCAAGAGGAACAUCGCCUCAGAGAGGGCAAAGCCCGCCAACGUCAUAAGAAACCGAUACGUUGUGGACCGGCAGCCGGUGGUACUAGUCGUUCACGAAGUGCACAAAAGCCAACGUGUGUCUCCAGACCGCCACCUGGGUCGAGACGCAGUUUCCUCGGCCACCGACGGUGCAUCAUCUGUUGCGGACGCCGGGGCUUGAGACAGCAAGAUCUGAUCCUUAAAAACAGCUGCCUAACGAUGGUUGUGGCCGUCCUGUGUUUUAGCCCUAAAGCUUAUCCACCACCCGAUUUAUUUUUUUUACGCAGGCCGUCCAAAGACGUAGAUGGAGGUUUGAGAAGUUGUAACCCGACGGCCACCGUUGGUGGAUAA